UUGCGCAACUUUAGGCAAGUGGAAAGUGCCAAAAGUCUUUCUUCAUCAAACUAAGAAUUCCACUCUCUGGGUAUCCAAUCCCGUGCGCAUUCCUACACAUGUGGAGGAUAUAUUCUAUAAGUAUGCUAUUUGUCGUCGCGAAAAUAAGUGGUUUCGUAAAGGCAAACUGGUAGUCGAUUAUUUUGAGGGUGUUGGUGGUGAAAGAACCAAUCGCAAAAUGGAGUUUCUCGAAAACCAUUAUGACUUAUGGCAAGACAAUUAUAAUAUGAAACUCAAUAUGAGGGCCCUUAAAAAUGAUUUUCAAUUUGUCAAAAGUAUUUAUGAUAACAUUAAAGGCAUUGAAACUUUAAAGGAUAGAAUUAUGGAAUAUCAAUAUAUUGCUCGUCAGUACAAAGAUCUCACUAAUUCUGCCACAAAUAUCAAUUUCAUUCAGAAUAAAUUAGCAUCUAGUGUCUCAAAGGAACAACGGCUCUUCUUGUGCAUUCUUCUCGGAUCUUAUAUGCUUCAACCAAACAAACCAAUGAUAAAUGGCUGUUAUCUUCCACAGAACUUUCCGUCUACUAAUUUGCUAGAAGAUCUUGAAAGUAUAGAUUCUGAUUUUAGUCUCUCUGAUACUAGGCAUCUUGUUUCACAUGCGAUUAGAGCUUUAGUCCAACACAAUUCUAAAUAUGGCUUCACAACAUGGUUUAAAAUGUUCACCCUUGCACCAAUACUCGAUGAGUCAUAUGCUUUUAUAGACGCGAUAGAAGUUUAUAAUUUCGAAAGACGAUCUGAUCAAUUUCUUAAUGCGUUGGGAGACAAU